AUGAGCAUCAGGACCCCACCCACACUGGAGGAGCUAUCAAGGCGGGCUCUGCUGAGAAACGAGGCCUUGGCCAUCUCUGCUCUGCGGAAGCUGCCCAAGAUGCACGUCCCAGCACUGUUCAUGGAGGCGUCCAAUAGCAGAUGCACUGGGAUCGUGAAGGCAAUGGUGGUAGCCUGGCCUUUCCCCUACCUCCCUGUGGGGGCCCUGAUGGACACCUUUGACUCAGCGAUUUUUCAUGCAGUGCUGGAUGGACUGGAUGUCCUGCUGACUCAGGUUUGCCCCACGAGGGGGGAACUUCGAGUACUCGAUUUUCGGAGGGUGCCCUGUGACUUCUGGACCAUCCAGGCUGGAACAGAGGAUGGGAACUGCUCAGCAGAGACUGUGAGUGAGAAGCAAGCAGGGAAGCCCCCUCCCAGACAUGAGCUGAGCCCACGAAUCAAGGUGAGAAUUGACCUCAACUUCAGGUCCCAAUUGGAGGAAGAAGAAAUGUACUUCUUACAGUGGGCCCAGCAGAGAAAAGACUCCCUCCAGCUCUGCUGUGAGAACAUGAAGAUUGUGUUGCAGUCCCUAGAUAAUGUUAGGAUGUUUCUGAGUGUUUUUGAACUAGCGUACAUCAAGGUGUUGGAACUCACCAUAAAUUGGAGCUGGUGCACUCUGGCACAAUUGUUUACCUACCUCCUGGAGAUGAGAAACCUUCACACACUUUAUCUAGUGCAUAGACACGAGAACAUGUUUGGGGUUUGCUGUCUACCACGCUUAGAUGAAAAGAUUGUUCAAAAGUUGGCUUCUCAGUUUUCCGGACUCAGCGGUCUCCAGCAUCUUUAUGUGCAUGGCUUCUGUUUCUUCAGUGAGCACAUGAAACUCUUGCUCAGGAACCUGAAGACUCCCUUGGAAACCUUCUCUGUCACUCACUGUCAACUGUUCCCGUCACACUUGAAAGACUUUGCGCUGUGUCCAUGCCUUCAUCAACUAAAACAUCUGGACUUGAGUGGAGUCCUACUGUGCAAUGUGUCUCUUCUGCCUCUCAGUGUUCUCCUAGAGAUGGGAGCAGACAGUCUUGAGACUCUGGAAUUGCAGGGGUGUAAGAUAAAGGACUCUCAGUUCCGUGAACUCCUACCUGCCCUCAGCCAAUGCUCCCAGCUCACCAAGGUCAAUUUCUAUAGCAAUGACUUCUCCAUGAAUCUCUUGCGUGACCUUUUCCACCACACAGCCAACAUGAGCAAGAUGACCAUGGAGCAGUACCCUGCCCCUCAGGAGUGCUAUGACCAGAAUUACAUCUCCGUACACACAUUUUCUCAACUUUGUUCUCAGCUCGUGGAUACGCUCAGGGCCAUAAGGCAGCCCAGGAGGAUAAGCUUUGCUACAGAUGUCUGCGAUGGAUGUUCUCAAAGCUGUGUGUAUGACCAGGAGACCAGACUCUGUUCCUGCUUGCGGUAA